CUGGGGCUGCACGGGGCGUGGGUCGGCCGCCAUCCAGCCUGGGCGGAGCCGGAGUUGCGAGCCGCUGCCUAGAGGCCGAGGAGCUCACAGCUAUGGGCUGGAGGCCCCGGAGAGCUCGGGGGACCCCGUUGCUGCUGCUGCUACUACUGCUGCUGCUCUGGCCAGUGCCAAGCGCCGGGGUGCUUCAAGGACAUAUCCCUGGGCAGCCAGUCACCCCGCACUGGGUCCUGGAUGGACAACCCUGGCGCGCCGUCAGCCUGGAGGAGCCGGUCUCGAAGCCAGACAUGGGGCUGGUGGCCCUGGAGGCUGAAGGCCAGGAGCUCCUGCUUGAGCUGGAGAAGAACCACAGGCUGCUGGCCCCAGGAUACAUAGAAACCCACUACAGCCCAGAUGGGCAGCCAGUGGUGCUGGCCCCCAACCACACGGAUCAUUGCCACUACCAAGGGCGAGUAAGGGGCUUCCCCGACUCCUGGGUAGUCCUCUGCACCUGCUCUGGGAUGAGUGGCCUGAUCACCCUCAGCAGGAAUGCCAGCUAUUAUCUGCGUCCCUGGCCACCCCGGGGCUCCAAGGACUUCUCAACCCACAAGAUCUUUCGGAUGGAGCAGCUUCUCACCUGGAAAGGAGCCUGUGGCCACAGGGAUCCUGGGAACAAAGCGGGCAUGACCAGCCUUCCUGGUGGUCCCCAGAGCAGGGACAGGCGAGAAGCGCGCAGGACCCGGAAGUACCUGGAACUGUACAUUGUGGCAGACCACACCCUGUUCUUGACUCGGCACCGAAACUUGAACCACACCAAACAGCGUCUCCUGGAAGUCGCCAACUACGUGGACCAGCUUCUCAGGACUCUGGACAUUCAGGUGGUGCUGGCCGGCCUGGAAGUGUGGACCGAGCGGGACCGCAGCCGCGUCACGCAGGACGCCAACGCCACGCUCUGGGCCUUCCUGCAGUGGCGCCGGGGGCUGUGGGCGCAGCGGCCCCACGACUCCGCGCAGCUGCUCACGGGCCGCGCCUUCCAGGGCGCCACAGUGGGCCUGGCGCCCGUCGAGGGCAUGUGCCGCGCCGAGAGCUCGGGAGGCGUGAGCACGGUGAGCCCCGCGGGCGGGGGCGAGGGGAGAGACAGGAGACUCUACGGCCGCAGUGACCGCCCUCCCACGGCCCCCCAGGACCACUCGGAGCUCCCCAUUGGCGCCGCAGCCACCAUGGCCCAUGAGAUCGGCCACAGCCUCGGCCUCAGCCACGACCCCGACGGCUGCUGCGUGGAGGCUGCGGCCGAGUCCGGAGGCUGCGUCAUGGCUGCGGCCACCGGGCACCCGUUUCCGCGCGUGUUCAGCGCCUGCAGCCGCCGCCAGCUGCGCGCCUUCUUCCGCAAGGGGGGCGGCGCUUGCCUCUCCAAUGCCCCGGACCCCGGACUCCCGGUGCCGCCGGCGCUCUGCGGGAACGGCUUCGUGGAAGCGGGCGAGGAGUGUGACUGCGGCUCUGGCCAGGAGUGCCGCGACCUCUGCUGCUUUGCUCACAACUGUUCGCUGCGCCCGGGGGCCCAGUGCGCCCACGGAGACUGCUGCGUGCACUGCCUGCUGAAGCCGGCUGGAGCGCUGUGCCGCCAGGCCAUGGGUGACUGUGACCUCCCUGAGUUUUGCACGGGCACCUCCUCCCACUGUCCCCCAGACGUUUACCUACUGGACGGCUCACCCUGUGCCAGGGGCAGUGGCUACUGCUGGGAUGGCGCAUGUCCCACGCUGGAGCAGCAGUGCCAGCAGCUCUGGGGGCCUGGCUCCCAUCCAGCUCCCGAGGCCUGUUUCCAGGUGGUGAACUCUGCGGGAGAUGCUCAUGGAAACUGCGGCCAGGACAGCGAGGGCCACUUCCUGCCCUGUGCAGGGAGGGAUGCCCUGUGUGGGAAGCUGCAGUGCCAGGGUGGAAAGCCCAGCCUGCUCGCACCGCACAUGGUGCCAGUGGACUCUACCGUUCACCUAGAAGGCCACGAAGUGACCUGUCGGGGAGCCUUGGCACUCCCCAGUGCCCAGCUGGACCUGCUUGGCCUGGGCCUGGUAGAGCCAGGCACCCAGUGUGGACCUAGAAUGGUGUGCCAGAGCAGGCGCUGCAGGAAGAAUGCCUUCCAGGAGCUUCAGCGCUGUCUGACUGCCUGCCACAGCCACGGGGUUUGCAAUAGCAACCAUAACUGCCACUGUGCUCCAGGCUGGGCUCCACCCUUCUGUGACAAGCCAGGCUUUGGUGGCAGCAUGGACAGUGGCCCUGUGCAGGCUGAAAACCAUGACACCUUCCUGCUGGCCAUGCUCCUCAGCGUCCUGCUGCCUCUGCUCCCAGGGGCCGGCCUGGCCUGGUGUUGCUACCGACUCCCAGGAGCCCAUCUGCAGCGAUGCAGCUGGGGCUGCAGGAGGGACCCUGCGUGCAGUGGGAUCACUGUGCCAACCUCCUGGACUCUUACCACGUUGCUCAGCCCCAAAGAUGGCCCACACAGGGACCACCCCCUGGGCGGCGUUCACCCCAUGGAGUUGGGCCCCACAGCCACUGGACAGCCCUGGCCCCUGGACCCUGAGAACUCUCAUGAGCCCAGCAGCCACCCUGAGAAGCCUCUGCCAGCAGUCUCGCCUGACCCCCAAGCAGAUCAAGCCCAGAUGCCAAGAUCCUGCCUCUGGUGAGAGGUAGCUCCUAAAAUGAACAGAUUUAAAGACAGGUGGCCACUGACAGCCACUCCAGGAACUUGAACUGCAGGGGCAGAGCCAGUGAAUCGCUGGACCUCCAGCACCUGCAGGCAGCUUGGAAGUUUCUUCCCCGAGUGGAGCUUCGACCCACCCACUCCAGGAACCCAGAGCCACAUUAGAAGUUCCUGAGGGCUGGAGAACACUGCUGGGCACACUCUCCAGCUCAAUAAACCAUCAGUCCCAGAAGCAAAGGUCACACAGCCCCUGACCUCCCUCACCAGUGGAGGCUGAGUAGUGCUGGCCACCCCAAAAGGGCUCUGUCCUGGGAGUCUGGUGUGUCUCCUACAUGCAAUUUCCACGGACCCAGCUCUGUGGAGGGCAUGACUGCUGGCCAGAAGCUAGUGGUCCUGGGGCCCUAUGGUUCGACUGAGUCCACACUCCCCUGGAGCCUGGCUGGCCUCUGCAAACAAACAUAAUUUUGGGGACCUUCCUUCCUGUUUCUUCCCACCCUGUCUUCUACCCUAGGUGGUUCCUGAGCCCCCACCCCCAAUCCCAGUGCUAUACCUGAGGUUCUGGAGCUCAGAAUCUGACAGCCUCUCCCCCAUUCUGUGUGUGUGGGGGGGACAGAGGGAACCAUUUAAGAAAAGAUACCAAAGUAGAAGUCAAAAGAAAGACAUGUUGGCUAUAGGCGUGGUGGCUCAUGCCUAUAAUCCCAGCACUUUGGGAAGCCGGGGUAGGAGGAUCACCAGAGGCCAGGAGGUCCACACCAGCCUGGGCAACACAGCAAGACACCGCAUCUACAGAAAAAUUUUAAAAUUAGCUGGGCGUGGUGGUGUGUACCUGUAGGCCUAGCUGCUCAGGAGGCUGAAGCAGGAGGAUCACUUGAGCCUGAGUUCAACACUGCAGUGAGCUAUGGUGGCACCACUGCACUCCAGCCUGGGUGACAGAGCAAGACCCUGUCUCUAAAAUAAAUUUUAAAAAGACAUAUUA